AUGGCACCAGCAAAUUCAACUGCUUUAAAAUUUUCAAUACUCCUAAUUAUACUAGCAUUUGAAUCUAGAGAGGCAAAUAUUUUUAAUCCUACGAUAACAGUAAGUAUCAAGAAUGUCAUAGUGGUACCUGGAGAUCGCGGCACAAGUAUCACUGUUCAUUGCAAAUCCAAAGAUGAUGAUCUUGGAUUUCACACAAUCAGAUUUGGAGAUCUUUACAGUUUUUCAUUCCAUGACAAUGCUUUUGGUGGUACAUUAUUUUUCUGCAGUUUUACAUGGCCUGAAGACCCUCGUCGUCAUUAUCUUGACAUUUACAAUCAAAGAGAAGACAAUUGUCAAAAAUGCAAUUGGAUAAUAAACCAAAACGGUGGUUGUUUGAACUCCCAUGGAUGUGGUGAUUGGAAAAGUAUCGAAUAA